UGCGCAACUCUCGUUUUCGUCGAGCAGCAGAUGGGCUCCUGCUAGUACACCUAUUGACAAUAACUUACUUGCUCGUUCGUUCACUCGCUGCUCUAGUCGCAACACAUAAAAUAUUUAUACGUCCGUCUGAAAGAAACUUGGCAUAUCCGAACUUACCGAAUCACCAAAAAAAACAUGGACGACUUCCCCAAAAACUUGAUCAUCGGACUCGUCGUCUGCGCCGUAGUCGUCGUGGUAUCCGUCUGCCUAAUUUAUUAUCUCGCCCUCAACUGGUCCAAGGUGGUACGGCGAAUUUCUCCCAACCGCUGGGCGGAACCACAGAGCGAAAAAGCAGAAUGGCCGCAGCCAAGGAAAUCCAUCGAGACCGACUUUUCGCCUACGUCCUCACCCACAUCUUCUCCCAGAUCGUCGAAGAUGAGCACCGAUCCGGUGAUCGGUCACUUCAAAACCCACGAUGACGAACCAAUAACACCCCCUAGCAACGUAAAGUUAUAAAGAGGUGGCAUCUCCGUUGUUUUUUGCUUCUACAUCACGAAUUACGAAUUAUGAUCAUUGGGCAUUGCAUUUACGGCGUUUUAAAAUAGUUUCGGGGUAUGGGUUAUGAUAUAUCUAGACGCAUGAUCGCUCAAUAUGCUGGCCAGGCGUUAUGGAGUCAUGAGACGAUGGGGAUAUCGUCCAUGACAUAUUUUUGAAA